CCCUCCCAUUUCACUGUGGGAGUUGUAGUCUCCCUUACCUCGGAUCCAACAGCGACCUCAGUGCGUGAACUCUGUUACCCAGAAGGCCUCGCCCGGCCGUCGCCGAAGCUGGAAUUCGUCGCCUAGUAGUUCUUGCCGGUAGCUAGAGGGGCCUGUUGGCGUGGCCCAGAAGGCUCAGCGGUAUUGCACGAGGCUAGUCGCUAAGCAAGGUGGUCUUUGGUCAACUGCCACCGGGACCAAGGCAACAGGAAGGAUAGAAGAAGGAAGUGUAGCGGGGUAAGGAAUGCACCGUCAGGGUCUCUCACAACCCUUUCCCAGCUCUUCUUUCCAACAAACAGUACCUGGGAUGGAGACCCCUAGGGUAAUCGCAGCCACGGGAUGGGUCGAGGUGACAGGCUUCAGGAACCACACUUCGGCGUUUGCCCGACCUUCCACGACUUAAGAAAGCAGAGGCUGCCAGCCGUAACGGGGCGUUAAACCCCAGCGGAAGAUUGGUCCUUAUGACCUCCUGCCUUCCAGCCCUCAGAUUCAUCGCUACCCCGAGGCUAGGCGCCAUGCCUCAUAUCGACAAUGAUGUGAAACUGGACUUCAAGGACGUCCUUUUGAGGCCCAAACGCAGUACCCUUAAGUCUCGAAGUGAGGUGGAUCUCACAAGAUCCUUUUCAUUUCGGAACUCAAAGCAGACGUACACUGGCGUUCCCAUCAUUGCUGCCAAUAUGGAUACUGUGGGCACCUUUGAGAUGGCCAGGGUUCUCUGUAAGUUCUCUCUCUUCACUGCUGUCCAUAAGCACUACAGCCUCGAUCAGUGGCAAGAAUUUGCUAGCCAGAAUCCUGACUGUCUUGAGUAUCUGGCUGCCAGCUCUGGCACAGGCUCUUCUGACUUUGAGCAGCUGGAACAGAUCCUGGAUGCUAUUCCCCAGGUGAACUAUAUAUGCCUGGAUGUGGCAAAUGGCUACUCUGAACACUUCGUUGAAUUUGUAAAAGAUGUACGGAAGCGCUUCCCCCAGCACACCAUCAUGGCAGGGAAUGUGGUAACAGGAGAGAUGGUAGAAGAGCUAAUCCUCUCUGGGGCUGACAUCAUCAAAGUGGGAAUUGGGCCAGGCUCUGUAUGUACUACUCGGAAGAAAACUGGAGUGGGUUAUCCACAGCUCAGUGCUGUGAUGGAGUGUGCAGAUGCUGCCCAUGGCCUCAAAGGCCACAUCAUUUCAGAUGGAGGUUGCAGCUGUCCUGGGGAUGUGGCCAAGGCUUUUGGUGCAGGAGCUGACUUCGUGAUGCUGGGUGGCAUGCUGGCUGGGCAUAGUGAGUCAGGUGGUGAGCUUAUCGAGAGGGAUGGCAAGAAGUACAAGCUCUUCUAUGGAAUGAGUUCUGAAAUGGCCAUGAAGAAGUAUUCUGGGGGUGUGGCUGAGUACAGAGCCUCAGAGGGAAAGACAGUGGAAGUUCCUUUUAAAGGCGAUGUAGAACAUACCAUCCGAGACAUCCUAGGAGGGAUCCGCUCUACGUGUACCUAUGUGGGAGCAGCUAAGCUCAAAGAGUUGAGCAGGAGAACUACAUUCAUCCGAGUCACCCAGCAGGUGAAUCCAAUCUUCAGUGAUGUGAGCUAGAUCUGAGCAGUUCUGCCCUCCCAAGACACCAGUGUUCUACCAUGGGGCAUCCCAAGUGGGCUCCUCACCUAUCCCAGCUACAGCAGCUCUGUACUACCUUGUCAUUUCCUGUUGGCUCACUCCUGAGGGCUCCUGCAGUAACUCUGUACUUCGCUAUCUGCACACACAAAAUGCCCAAGGCACUCACUGGGGAGGAAGCAAGGAAGAAAAGUCUGAGAAAAUGACGCAAGAUAAUCAAAUGGGAAUCUGGGGAUCCGACACCUGAAGAUUAUUAAAAGGAAAAGAUGCUGAUUGAUACAUAAAUUUUUUACAUGGCUUUGGUUUAGAGGAGGCAGGCUUUUAGAAUCAUGUUUUGUUAAUCAGCUUCACUAAAUGGGACCUUCACAUAUCUAAAAAGCUCAGAAGUAUAUUUGAAAUACCUCAAUAAAGAAAGAGCUCAUUGACUGUAAA